AUGAUAUGGGAGCACCAACUCCAAAAAGUCGAAAAAGUAAAUCGUAUUGAUAUUCCACCUUCUUUGAAAACUAAUGGCGGUGCUGGUGAGGGUUCACAACAUUUAAGUCCGAGUGGAAUUAUUCCAAAUCAUCCAGAAGUUAAAACAGAUGAACAAUUGCCGUUGUAUUGUGAUCCACCAAACCCGUGUCCAUUAGGAUUUGGAGCGGAUGAUUGUGAUGCCUCAUCAAUGGAGAAAUUUACUGCAGAGUAUAGUCGACAUUAUCAAUCAAGUCAAGACUGUGAAUGUGAUGAUGAUCAUAAUGAAUGUUCAACAAACAACAAUAUCGUAGUAGGCUAUGCUCUUCCAACUAACGGUAUAUUGAAACGGUCACGACGAAUACGAAGAGAUAUCAGAAGGAAACAACAACAAAAACAUCAAAAUAACACAAAACCUACAAAUCCAUAUAAAGAUGGUCAACACCUUUAUUUUCAUGUUGCGAAAAAAUCACCAAUGUACUAA